AUGGUGCCAGGAGGCGGCUUCGAUGUAGAAGAGGCCAAGAUGGCUUCGGAGGAGCUCCGCCUGGAAUCUGAGAUUCGUUCCUUAGAGAUGCAGAUCGGCCUCAUGGACAUGAAGCGCCAGAUUGAGGUCCAGGAAGAACACCUGCAGCGUUGGCAGCAGAUGCUGGCCAAGAGCAAGGCGGGACGCCUGGAAUGUGAGAAGCUGCAAGGGGCCCAGGAAGAGCUUGCCCAACUGCGGGCCAAGUGCGCUGCCAUCGAAGCAAAGCGCCCACCGCGACUGCCGAGCCCUCCAAGAGCCAUCCCUGCAGAAGAGCCGCCUCCUGACGAGGAGGCGUGUAAAGAAGCUGACGCACCAGAGGCCGCUGGUAAGGAGGCAAAGGUUCCGAUUCCUCGACGCCCCGGCAGUACCAAGGAGGCACCUGCCGCGUUGAAGCAACGAGGGUCCGAGCGUAGCUCCAGAGGAGGAAGUGCCAGAGCAGCCGCCGCAGCCGCCGCUGCAGUUGUUGCCCGAGGUCCAAGCUCUGGCACUCGUGGCGGCUAUGCGCCUGCACGGUCGACUUCGGGGACCAGAUGA